UAGAACCCCAGGUCUUCCCUGGCAGCCCCAAGUGGUAUGUCCAGCAUAGGCCUGGGGCCCUAACCUUGGACCCCUGCCCCCUGCUGGACUUGCACCCACCUCCACUGCACGGGGCCAUGGCUCCCACCUUCCUGCUGCUGCUGCUGUGGCUCCAGGGCCCUGUCGCAGGUGCCCCUGUCGAGAGCGUGUACUCCAAAGUGCGGCAUUUUGAAGGGGAGACUCUGUCUGUGCAGUGCUUCUACAAGAGCCGCAAAAACCACAUAGAGGGUAAGGUUUGGUGCAAAAUCAGGAGGAAGAAGUGCGAGACUGUGUUCACCCGUGUUGGGGUGCAGGGGCCGCGCUAUUUGCUGCAGGACGAUACCCAGGCCAAGGUGGUCAGUAUCACCAUGGCGGCCCUGAGGCGCCAGGACUCGGGCCGGUACUGGUGCAUGCGCAACAGCUCUGGCAUCCUCUACCCUCUGAUGGGCUUCCUGCUGGAAGUGUCUCCAGCCUCCACAACCAAGAGAAACACUCCUCUUACGAAGCUGCCCACCAUCCUCCAGAGUGGAACUGUCGUCACAGCAGGCCCAGCCCUCACCUCAAGCCCUGAUGCCCCUUUCACCACCAGCACGACGGUGUUCACACCUGGACUCCUCACCUUGGCUAGACUCUUGCCCUUCCCUGCCUCAGGGAGCAUCAGACUGACCUCUGUGACAGGCUACGGCUUCACUGGCACCAGCCCCUCCACCACGGGGCCCAGGAGGACCAUGGGGUCCCAGACAGUGACUGCGUCUCCCAGCAAUGCCAGAGCCUCCGCUGCUGGCCCAGCCUCCACUCCCACUAAGGCUGGGCACCUGUGCACCAUGGGAUCGCCCACCACGGGAAUGUGCCCCACUGGCAGGUCUCUCCUCAACCUAUUAUCCCCCAGCAGGCACCAGGACUUCUAUCCUGCUGUGCUCGUGGGGGUGCUGGCCUUGCUCCUACUGCCUGUGAUGCUGAUCGUGGUCUAUGGGUUCUGGAAGAAGAGACACAUGGGAAGCUACAGCAUGUGCCGUGAUCCUGCCAGAUCCUGGAGGGACCCAGACACAAGACCAGAACCUCCGUGGAAGCCUGCUUGCGUCCCCAUGCCCUUGGGGGAAGAAAGAGUCCAGAAACAGCCCAUGUCCCAAGGGUCCCACCCUGGAGGAGAAGAAGGAACAGUGACUAAGAUUUGGGGGUCAACAAAGGUGUUGGGGAUCCCAGAGCUGUCCAAGCCCCCCACCCCCUGGGCCAAGUGUCCUCUACGGGGCCUCUGGAUGGGCCCUGAUCUGACUGUGGCUGCUUGUCCGUCAAGUCCUGGGAGCCAACAGAGCCCACACUCCCGCUGCUGCUGCCUGCUGGCUGGCCCCUCCAGGGAAAGCUGUGACCGGGCAGCUGAGAGCCCCGUACCCGCAGGACCAGCCUGUCCCUAG